GCCAGUGUAAAAAGUCCGGUAAAACAGUUGGAAGAACUACGAUGGCGAAUGAACCUUAGUGUCUCAAUCUUUCACCCCGGUAUUUUUUUCACAUUGCAACUACUUGCAGACAGCUUUGUUGAAUUCUUUAUAUUUGCUGCACCAUUAAAUCAGAAGUAUAUUUGUCAAGAUCGAGUCAAUAUAACCCUGCAGAACAGCAAACAACAACGGUUAAUUGUGGAAAUGGAACCUGAAGUUAGCAUACAGCCAUACAACGUUCAGAAUCGGCAUGCGAACUUAUAUGUAUGUGAGCGGACUAAACGACGAACGCUUACCGAAAGUUUUAACAAUCGUAUGACAGUUUUUUCUGGCAUUGUGCUGGGUAUAAGUUCUGUAUCAAUGCUGAAGUUCUUAAUUAAACUGCACAGUAAGAUUCCAUCUUAA